UCUCUGCCAAGUGUUCAACUCUCUCAGUAACUCUCCGGGCAAAUCUUGGAGCCACUUGGCUCUAUCUGACACCUCUGUGCCAUGGUUCACAAUCUCGAGCUAAAAGCUGAACCGAUGCAUCAGCAUGUGAGUUGUGUUAAUGGAAAACAAUGGUAAGCUUACCCUCCCCCACCUCUCCCUCUCUUUAUAUAUACAUAUACACUUCAGGCCCCCCUCUCCGAAGAGCCAAACCCAUCACCCCAUUGCUUCAACGCUUUGCACCACCAAUCCCCAUGAAAAGUGCCUCCCUUUCUCUUCCACUCUCUCCCUCCACCUCCUCCUCCUCUUCCAACUCUUGCACUCUGUCCUCCUCUUCUGCGUUCCAAGUGAGCAAGCCCAGGAAACCCAGGCGUGCGAAGAAAGGUGCCAACCCAGAUAAGAAGAGGUUGGGCAAUGGCAAGAGAAGCUCGGCCUUCAGAGGAGUCACUAGGCAUAGAUGGACGGGGAGGUAUGAAGCUCACCUCUGGGACAAGCACUGCUGGAACCCCAUUCAGAACAAGAAAGGAAGGCAAGUUUAUUUGGGUGCUUAUGAUGAUGAGGAAGCUGCAGCACGCGCCUACGACCUCGCUGCUCUCAAAUACUGGGGCCCGGAUUCAGCUCUAAAUUUUCCAUUUGUCACGUACACAAAAGAGUAUGAGGAGAUGCAGAACAUGUCAAAGGAAGAGUACUUAGCUUCCCUCCGGCGGCGGAGCAAUGGGUUCUCCAGAGGUGUCUCCAAGUACCGUGGCGUGGCCAGGCAUCAUCAUAAUGGCCGGUGGGAAGCAAGGAUCGGAAGAGUUUUUGGCAACAAGUACCUCUAUUUGGGAACUUUCGGUACUGAGGAGGAGGCAGCCCAGGCGUACGAUCUUGCCGCUAUAGAGUACAGAGGCCCCAAUGCAGUCACCAACUUCGACAUCAGCUGCUACGUCAAGUUCCCACAGCCCCUCCUGCAGCCACAUCCAAUUCCGCAGCCGCUGCAAAUGCCCAAGGCACGGCCACCGGCGCAAGAGCAGCAGCCGAGCGCCACCUGCGAAGAAGAGCGUCGUCAGGCCGUGGAACUGCCGAGCUACGUCGAUCACACUGCAGCAGCAGCCGCCGACGGUGUCGAUGCCAUCCCCUGGAGCCCUUUCAUGGAUCAAUGCUUUGACGACGUCUAUGCCGACCACUGCGUCGGUCUUCAUCGAACAGGUGAUCUGCAUAGCAUUUUUGGUAGCGUUGGCUUCGAUGAUAAUGUCGAUAUCCUCUUCGACGCCUCCGAAUCCAGCAGCAGGGUGGAGGAGGGCGACGGCGAUGCCGCAAAGGAUUGCAUCUUUGAGGACUCCGCUGCAACCGUGAGUAAUUUGGUGGGGGUGAGAUUGUCACAACUGCUCCAAUGAAUGUUUCGUCUCAAGAACUCGAGAAGCAGUCACAAGUUUUUGUCUGACACUUUGUUGAGCUUUCGGUGAAAGCAUAUGCUAACUCGGUUGAAAAGUUUUCUCCUCGAAUUGUGACUGCCGAUCGAUAGUUUGAUGGCUAAUUUA